AUGCCCGGUACGUUGGGGGGAAAGGCGUGCGGAUGCUCUUACACGGCCGCGUUCGUUCUGGAACACCCUCCCCAUUAUGAUUCAGCGUACCCCCUCCCUAAAGGUCACCAUUCGUCACACAGACAGACAACAACAACAACAGGCCCUGCAACCUGCUCGUGCCCAUUCCUCCUUCAAAACAACCGCCGCGUCAACACCAGCGACUACAUCGGGGCACGCGUCACACACGCACCCGUCUGCCCAGAGAGCCAGCUGCCCAAACCGAGGAUGGUGAUGACGAAGCGGACGCCACCGCCAACGGCUUUCGGGAGAGCAGCAGUGGCCACCUUCGUGGCCGCUGCUGGCACCGCGAGGCUCGCGCUGGGAGCCACGCUCGACAUUUCGAGUCCCGCAAGCACGUCUUCGUACCACGCCGGCGACGCCGUGCCGGUGCAGUGGAUCUACGAGGGCACCGGCGAGAACUUCGCCAUACACCUUCUCAAGGGGGACGAGGAGGUGGCCGACCUCUGCUCCGCGGAGGAGAACGGCGUCUGCUUCGACCUUACCCAGGACCAGACCGUCAUUCUGCCGGACACCGGCCUGGAGUCUGGGUCCGACUACACGGUGCGCGUUCGAGACCAGUCCUCCGACCUCGAGGACACCUCGGAAACGUUCACCAUCAUCGGAACGUCGACAUCGAACGUCGAGAUCACGUCGCCUGACGGGUACACCACGCUAAACGCCGGAGGCGUCGUCUCGGUGUCGUGGCUGUACGUGGGCGAGAACAUGGAGUUCGACAUCUACCUGCGCCAGAACGGCGAGCGCGUGAGCAGCAACCUCUGCGCCGACCAAGAGGGCGGCUCUUGCACGGCGACGAUCCCGGUGGCUUCAGCCACGAUCACGCUGCCCGAGGAGAUCGAGAACGCCGCCGACUAUAGGCUGCUGGUGGUGGACAAGGUGAACGACGACGCGUGGGGGUUGUCGGUCGAGCUGCCCGUAGGCGUGGCGGCUGCUUCCGUCGACACCGGCUCCGACUCGUCCGCAGCGACCAAGCUGGCCUUGGUGAUUGGCCUCAGCGCCGGAGGCGUCUGCCUGCUGGCCGUGCUCCUGGCCGGCUUACGCACGAGAAACAAGAACCGCCGUCGCGAGGAGAAGCUGGCCACGCUCGACAUGCUCAACAAGAGGAGGCCUGCGCCAUCCGUCUCCCUCGCCGUGGAGGGCAUGGCGGAACCCGACAGUCCCGACCAGAGAGCGUUCAUCAACCCCAUUUACACCACGAGCCAGACCUUCCACGCCGAGCAAUACGAGGGUCAAAUCACGCCCCCCACGGGAGACUCGGCCAUGUGGCGCAGGAGCCGUGACCUGGGCCGAUACGUGGGACGCACGAUCAGCAAAUCGUUCAGCCACUCGCAAAGCAACAUGAACGAUUGAAAACAGACAAGAAAACAAAGUACGGAAAAACUCUGGGCUCUCAUAAACGGAAAGAAUAUUGUUCUUGAAUUGGCGAGAGCUUUCUUCCUAGAAUAGGAAGAGGGGUCGUGCUCGAGCACCCGCUUCGGGCCCGAACUGCCGUGUUCCCUCGUGGCCUAGUCCCCCCCCCACUUUACGCGAUCCCAACUUGGGAAAGUGUAUAAAAUAUACCAUUUACCUUACCGAGGGCGAUAGCCAACCCCCCAUAUACCUGAGUGUUAGCACCGUGAUGAAAGCAGCGUUGCUUGUGGGGUUUCGAUGUUUUUGUUUUUUGUGUUUUUUGGAAGUGGGCUACUUGCGGGUGUAUAAAAUGUAGUACCGAAUAUCAUGCACCAUCUUUCAUUUCUGAUGCCGAUGUUUUCUUUUUUUGUUGCCUCUCGUUUUUUUUUUUCUGUCGUGCUCCCCCCCCUCUCCCCCGUCUCCGUGUGAUUUUCUCGUGGCUGCUGACUCUUCCUUUCUCGGGAUGGCCCACUGUUUCGUCGGGGUUGCUCUUCUUCCUCCUUGUUUUUGUUUUGUUGUGCCCUCACGGAUUUUUUUUUCGGAAUGUCUGAACAUACAACAAAAAAAAUACAAAAUCGAAAAUAGCAGACGAGCGGCGGGGUGUCGGGUUGGUUGGGACGUUUCAUGCCGCAGAGGUUUAUGUCGAAGUCGGGUGGUGUGGGAAGCGAUUCCGGCGAUUCCGGUGCCAUCACCCCCAGGGAAGAUCGCAACCGGCCGGGAAACCAUGUUGUGUAAGGAAGCAGCAAUUCAACCACGAUUCCGUGGCAUUUUCGUUCCCUUUUUUUUUAUUGGCGUGCGUCACUUUCUGUGUGGCACGUAUGGAAAUAGCCGCGGAGGUGGGCAAGCGCUAUAGUUCGGUGGUGGCUCUGCGCUCGGGUCGCUGACGAUGAUUUUGCGCUUGACCCUGUCCAGUUUCUCGUUUACUUCGAUUGGUAGGCAGAUAGUCCUGUCCGGUCAGGCGGUGUAUGUCUAUCGCGAGGCGCUUUCCUCCUCCGCUUCGUUUUGUCUCUUGUCCUUUCUCCUGGGGAGACUCGAUGAUGAUGAUGACGAUGAGCAUGGGACGUUGAGUGAUUUCGAUUGCUCGAGCACUGCCACCUACCUACCUUGGGAGGGUACCUCGAGCAGUCUUGUCUCUGUUCGCGAGAGGGAACCCCGUCGAUAGCCCACAAAACGGUUACACAACUGCUGCUUCUGGUCGAAGAGGCUUGUCUCGAUUGGGUGGGCAGGCCCGUUUUAUGAGCUUAUUCGUGUUUCCUUUUGAUUUGCUUGGAGCCUUAUGUUCGAGCACUUGAGUUGAAAGCUUUCCCACGGGAAGUCGUAUGUUGGGUCGUUAUUUAGGUAAGUGUUAUGUUGUCGCACACGCGUGGUGUGUCAUAUCCAGCCCCAAGCUUGUCUCCGUUGUUUUUUUCGGGCGGUCUGCGGAGCGGCACACGAGGCAUUGAAGAGUGUUGCGGCAGCGGAGUGGGUCGAGGAAGAAGAAUGUAUGGCAUGAUUGUAGGAUAGGGAGAGCAACGAACGGUGUCUUUGUACUAUAUAUGUGUAUUUAUUGUCUUUUCGUGCUACACGUGCUUGCAUGCGUAUGGCCCCCCCGCACAAGAAAGUCGGGCGGUUGAGACAAACCAGCGGGGGUAGCGGGGGUAGCAUCGUCGUCGGUGUGUUCCUUUUUUCGCCGCCAGCGGUCAGUUGUCGGUGUCGGUCGUGAUUGCAGCCGUAGCUUGUGUUAGUUGAUUUUGCACUGAGCGCGGGAGCGGGAGGAAACGCUGCCUGCCCGCCGCUGCCUCAGAUAUGGUCGUAGGUCCGGGUGUUGGAUCUGUAGUGCGUGUACGAUGGCUUGAAGCCCUUGGGCUCACCAAGAAGUGAAUAGUUUUAUCAUGGUUGCUUUCGGGGAUGGAUGGUACGUUGUUGGUGCAGCAGCAGCUGUCUCCGAGCAUGACACAUCCGCUGGUGAUAUUGCAACUGGGCGGGCGCGUUGCACGUCGUGACACAUUAUUGGGCUGUGAUGGCGGUUUAUUGCACUUUUGAGUUGUCUAUCGCGUGCCUCGAGCUUAAGCCCGCCGCGCGUGAGUAUUUCUCGCGUCUCUCUCACGAUGGGAAAUCCUAGCAAAAUCCAAAUAUAUAGUAGUACGGAGUACCGUCCCGCCACGGGUGGCGUGUCGUCCUCACAUCCAUCUCAAGCCUGAUUCCGGCGAGUGUUCGAAGAUUCUUCUGUAUUCUGUUGUCUUCGUUCGACGUCGUCAUUUGACGGGUGUUUCACGAGACUUCUACCAUGUGUAGUUUUCUGCAUGUUGUCGAGUAUGGCCAGCAGCAGCAGCAGCAGCAUUUCGAGAGAGAGGGAGAGUAGACACGUUCGACACACAACCCCCCCCUCUGGGCGGGAGGCGAAGUUGUUCCUCACGUUGUGUGCGCGUGUUGAACCUCCGUGCGUCGAGCGUAUGUGUAGGCAAGUAAUGGGUUACCCAUGGGCGAGAGGCGGCGUUGGGUAGGAGGCGUGAGUAGCAGCUACAUCUCCCCCUCCCAUCCUGUAUAUGUCUUUGGUUGUUUUCGUGAGAGUGUAGCUGUUUGAGUUGUCACAAUCUUUGAAUUGAAAUGACAUGUUGAUUUUCACUUCAUGUCUCCUGCUGAGCUGUUGUGUCUGCUGCGAGGGACACAGCAGUUUCCAUCUUCCUCUUUCGGAGAGUGACGGAUGACGCGGCUGACCCUCAAACACCUGGUUGGUCAGAUGUUUUGUCACCAGAGAACUUGACUCAUCCUCCUGCCGUCGAUCGAAGCAACCUCGCUGUCGGUUGUGGUUGUCUCGUCGUCGGCGAAAGGAAUACCACGCUCCAAGCGAACCAAGAGGCGACGGAAGGUAAACUUACCCUCACCUUUCCCCACAGGUGGUGUAAUAUGCAUCGUGGUACACAUGACUAAGUGCAUACCGCAAUUUUCACGUAAGCAUACUCUAAAAAUUGAUACCAGUCUGUCCGGGGAUACAGUUAGCCAUGCGCCUGACCCUGUUUUUGGGCCAAAUUUCUAUCACGCGGAGGUUCUUUCGAACAGCCCAUUUUUCUGAAACUUUUAUUUCCUGACCAAUCAAUCCUCGCAUUUUUGGCAGCCACGUCAGUUUUGCCAAGCGAAAAGACUGAACAUCGGGUGUGGUGUGUCUCGUUAUUUUUUUAGUUGACAUCGACAUGGGAUUGCUGCAACCGCCCCCGUUCCUACCCGGCUGUGGGGCCGCAGGGACAUUGCAUAGAGAGAAGAGCAGUCAUUGAUACUCAUGGCGCCGAAACGGUCGCAUGACCUGCCGUAACACCGGCGGCAGAGCCGUUGCGCCCGGGCACAAAAAUUUCAGAGAUGAGAGCGGAAAAAAAACACCGAUCGAUGAUGAGAAAAGAGCAGGUUGGGCAAGGUAGGGUCUCUGAUUUUUUAAACAUGCUACAAAAAACGAACUGAGCUGCCGCCGCCCUUCCCGCCCAUCUAUGGGGUUGAAGAGGCGUUGCGAGGAAAGUAAGACAAUCACUGCUACUCAUGGUGCAGGAGCGGUAGCAAAACAGCUGCAGUGGCGCCGGCGGCAGAGCCGUUGCGCCCGGGUACAAAUGUCAGAGAUGAGCGGAAAAACAACCCCCCAUCUCGAUGAGAAAAAGAAGGAGGCAGGGUCUCUGAUUUUUUCAACGUGUACCAAAAAGGAACCGAGCCGCCACCGCCCUUCCCGCCCAUCUAUGGGGUUGAAGAGGCGUUGCGAGGAAAGUAAGACAAUCACUGCUACUCAUGGUGCAGGAACGGUAGCAAGAGCUGCAGUAGCGCCGGCGGCAGAGCCGUUGCGCCCGGUACAAAUGUCAGUUGUGCGGGAAAACAAACACCCCCAACGAGAAAAGGAGAAAAGAGCAGCAGGUAGGGCCUCUGAUUUUUCAACAUGGUACAAAAAAGAACUGAAGCCGCCGCCACCGUUCCCAAUCCCACACGGGGUUGAAGAGACACUGCAAGGAAGG